GCGGAAGUACAGUCCGCUACAUUGUAAAUCAUACAGGAAGGUCAUCCCCAAUGUGAGGGAUCUAUAGCGAAUUGGAAAGCGGUCUACAGUAUCGGAAUGAGAUCCUCACUCGCCGCUUUUUGGCCGUUUACAUUAGCCUUAGACUUUGACAGUGACUUCCUUGUAGGUUAGUUGUAGCUUGGAUUGUACAAGCGAGCACUGCACUCAUUACUAUCAGAUGGCUGUCUCUAAAUGCUCUAGGCUUAGCGGCCCUCUGAUCCAAGAGCUGCUGAAUUCCGUAGACAAUUUUCUGUUUGAUUGCGAUGGGGUUAUAUGGCGUGGGGACCAGGCCAUCCCUGGUGCCCCCGAGGUGAUCAAUUUACUAAAGAAGAACGGCAAACGCGUGUUCUUUGUCACCAACAACAGCACCAAAACAAGGGAGAUGUAUGCGGAGAAAAUGACAAAACUGGGGUUUCAGGCUAAAACUGAAGAGGUGUUUGGCACGGCGUAUUGCUCGGCUGUGUUCCUGAAGCACAUCGCUAAACUAGACGGGAAAGUGUACCUUAUAGGCGGCAAUGCCCUAAGCAAGGAGUUACAAAAACUUGGUAUUCAGACAGUAGGGUCUGGUCCAGACCCAGUCUUUGGUGGGCAAAGUGACUGGGCUGAUGUUCCAUUGGACCCCGAGGUGAAAGCAGUGGUUGUGGGGUUUGAUGAGCAUUUCAGUUACAUGAAGUUGACCAAAGCGCUCAAAUACCUCAACAAUGCUAACUGUCUGUUUGUGGGCACCAAUACUGAUACCAGGCUGCCCUUGGAAGGAGGAAGAGCAGUGCCAGGAACGGGAUGUUUGGUCCGAGCUGUGGAAACGGCAGCCCAGCGUAAGGCUCAGAUCAUUGGCAAGCCGAGCCACUUCAUGUUUGACUGCGUGGUCAGUGAGUACGGGAUCGACCCGGCCCGGACAGUGAUGGUGGGUGACCGGCUGGACACUGACAUCCUGCUGGGCUCCAACUGCGGCCUGAAGACCCUGCUGACCCUCACUGGAGUCUGCCAUUUAGACGAGGCUACAGCCCACCAAGAGAGCCACUGCGCUGAGCGGACAGGCAUGGUCCCGGAUUAUUACGUGGAGACCAUUGCUGACCUAUUGCCAGCCCUGCAGGGAUGAAGAAGCUGUACUCUCACUUUGUGUGCUUUCAGAAUACCCGCACCCAUUCAAGUUUACAAAUGAGAACUUACGUGAUUUAAAUAUACUGUAAUAGAAAAUGUCGUUAGUAAUUUCAUUUUUUUAAUUAUUUAAAGAAAGUUAAUGAUUGUGAGGUAAAUACAUUUCUCAACCAUCAUUAGUACUGUAUUGGGAGUACUGUGACCUGUAGAUUUCUGGAAAUUGAUACCUAGAAGACUUAAUCAUUGAAGAUAGUCUUGGUAAAUUCUUUAGGGCACUGAUAUUUAGACAGAUGCACUCAUGUAGGAAUGUACCAAUAACAAACAACUUUAAUACUUUAAGGUUUUUAGUUUCUUCAUACCUCUGUCCUAAUUUCAUAAACCUGCAAUUUCCGUUGUGUUUUAUAUUGGUGGAAAAUGCCAGUGAGAUUAAUAUUGAGUUAAAGGGCAGUGAUAUUUAGAUCCGUUUUUUAAUGGCACUUCAAUAUACUUUAAAAGUAUAUCAUUUUACUAUAGUCAAUGCUGCAUCUGACUUAAAAUUUAUUGGAAUUAUGUGUCUGUAGAAAGGCAGCCUAGCAGGUUUAUUCUUGUGCCUCAGGAAAAUAAGAACGUCUCCAUGACUAACCCUUAAGUCAAGGGACAGGACAGACCAGGUUUCAUACAGUAUUUACCAUUUAAUAAUUAAGUCUUCCAUAUCUUAAACAUUCAUGGCUGGUUCCACAGACCCCGAUUAGCACUAAUCUUGGACUACCUAAUGUUACGCCAGGUAAAGUGCUCCAAGAUGAAUGCUAAUCCGGGUCUGUGAAACCAGCCAUAAGUCAUAAAAUACAUUUAAGAAAGCCGUGCAGUCUUGAUGAUGAUCCUUCUUGCCAGCACCGAAGAUUAAAGCAGCCACCUGCUUUGGGAAAAGACAUCUGCUUCUCAUGAGUGUGGCUUUGUAAAGGUGCUAGGUAUAAAAUACCUAGCACUUUGUCAGGAAAAGAACUAUGAAGUGUGUGUGGCAGCUAAUAGGAUUACAUGUAAGGUAAAAGAAAGAAGUCUGAAACCAAUUUUGUUUCUUGCUAGUUUUCUGUUAUAAUUGGAUAACAGGGUUUUCUUUCUGAACAAUGGAGCUUGUUUCUUGCUACUGUAUGCGAGUACUGUACAUUUUUGUUAAUAGCACUUCAAUAUACUUUAAAAAGAGAAGUAUUGCCCAAAUGGGGUCAAAUCAACAACAUUGAAAUAAAAUACAGAGCAGUAUUUUUAUUUAAUUUAUUAAAAGUAUUUAACUAGGGAAAAAAUCCUCUUGAGAUGUAACAUUUCAUUUAUGUUUGUGGUUUAAUUGUAUUGGCCUAAUACUAACACUAGCUUGAAAUCCAUUGCUGUAUGGUUGGGAACAUGCUUAUUUAUCACAUUUAUACUCAUAAAAUAACAAUUUAUUUGCAACUAUUUUUAACAACUGCUAAACCGUUUAAGAACCAGUGAUAUUCUUUAGCAACUUUUAUGAAUGCAGUCCCAUUAUUGUAUGUGGUUGAUUUAUGUCUGCAGAAUAUUGUCCCUUUACGUAGCUGAUGUUUACUCAUUGUUAUGAACAAUUUUAGACACUACAACAGCCCUUGAUGAGACAAGUACUGUAAUCCUGAGGUUGUGCAUUAUGUCUAUAAUGCAUAUACAUGUUCAUAUCAAGUGUAUAUAACUGUGCAAAAAAAAUCAAGGGAAAGAGAGAAUUAAACAAAUCUUGAAAAGUGAAAAUGUGUCACUAUAUUUUAAACAAAUAUUUCAGUAUUUAAAGAUCACUGUGCAACAUCUACAACUGUUUGUAAAAUGAUUACUUAAGCAUGUUAUAAAAUAAUAAUGUGUUAUAUAUUAAAACAUGAACAACUGUGUAGUUAUUAUUACCAAUACUUGAAUUGGACAGUGUGCUGUAAAAUGCCAGUGCUGUGUGAUGUCCAGAUGUUCAGUGUGUAACAAGCCAUAAAAACCCUCUAUUCCAUUUAGAAUAGUAAUUACCUAUGCAAUAAAAUGUCUGAUACAGUA